GAUCUGCCUUUAAAUCGCAUUAUAGAGAACUGGAAUAAUAUUGAAAUCUGUGCAAGGUUUACAAAUUGAUAUAAGACGUACCCACACCAGUCAUCAUGUGCCAAGAAUUUCCGGGCUCUCCGCCGGCUAUCAUUAACAAAGACCCCGAGGACAGCAGCGGCGACCUCCAGGCAAACUCGCCGGAAAACAGUGUGACUUUCCGGCGCCGUGUUCUGCUGUUGGGCCGAGCUGGGAGCGGAAAGACCAGCCUGGCCAAGUCUUUGGUCAGCGGUAGCUCGCAAACCUCAGAUGGUCAAACCGAGUCUUUAGAUGUCCUAGCAUGGUGUCCAUUCCUAGGAACCACUUAUGAAAAUUUACUCGACUACGAGCUAACGGGAUGCGAGAGGUCUUUGGUGCUAGAAGUGUGGGAUUUGGCUGGAAGAAGGGUUUGGCAAACAUUUCACCACCUCUUUCUGACCGCUGGUACCCUUCCAGUAAUCGUCUUCAACUUCGCUGAUCAAAGCAGCUGUGAUGACGUGUCUCAAAUUGUGGACAUGGUAUGGGCAAAGGAUCCUGGCUGUAGAUUAGUAAUCGUCGGAACACACAUUGAUAAACUGGGUCAAGAAGAAAGCGCUGAAGGAAAGAGCAAGGAUAUCUUGGGAGUGAUUCGAAACAGACACGCACACUGCACCCAGAAACUACAACAAGAUCUCCACAAUUUAAAGAACAUACCAAAGCCCAGAACACCGAAAGAUGUAGAGAGGAUGAAAAAACUAAAAGACAGGCUUGGGCGUUUCCCCAAACCUCCAAGUAAUAUCAUUGGAAGCAGCAGCAAGACUGCCAAGGGUCUAGACGACGUAAGGAAGGAAAUUCUCUCGGCGGUCUUAGAGGCAAACAAGAGCUCGUCAUCGCUCGAUCAAGCCACGCCCAUAAGACAAGCUACAUCUGAGGUUUAUGACGACAUAAUGGCACUACGAAAGGAAUCUAAUGUAGUCGUAUCAUUCCAAGAGGUCAAAGAACUGUUUAGAAAACAUGAAACUGAACUGAGUAGCGUAAUUGAGAAAAAGGAACUGACAUUCUUUGAAAGUUCGGGAGUCAUACAAAGUUAUCCCAACACCAGGGACCCGAAUGAUGAAUCAGAGGCCCUGAUUUGUACAAACCCUUCUGCCUUAGCUAAAGCACUUUGCCUUGUUCAUAUGAGUGACACCAAGAAAGCAUUUCGGUUCGAAGCGAAAAGAUUCUGGCCCAAGACAGAAGAUGGAAACUCCAAGAAACCAAACCCAGCUUUGCUCGUACAAGCUUUGGAGGAAGUUGCCACAGAGGGAUUGAUCAGGGAAUGCAUGCUUCCUCUGUUGUGGCAGGAUCUUCACAUGAAUGAGAAACAGACCAGGCUAGUGAUCGACCUGAUGGCCAGGCUAGGACUUCUCAACAGGGCUGCUGAUGCUCACUGUGAUGCAGAAAAGGUACCUCUGGAAUUACCUCAGUACCCUGGUCUACUAGCUAAGGCACAGUAUCGACUACCACUCCUUGGACUAACGCCUGUUACUGGACCGACACUAAAUUGGACGCCAAAACCAUUCAAAGGCGAUGCACAGAUCUGUUGGAGAUAUACAUUUCCACUGGGAACACCCCAAGGUCUGAUACCCAGACUUCUUGUCGUGUGUCGAGCCAAUAUACAAGGUGCCAUGUACAGACAUCAUUGGAAGAAUGGAAUACUACUUAAGAUUGGUCAGGUAUCUGUGAAUAUCAAACAACCUGAAAACAGCCAGAAAGCAGAGAGUCUUGACAUUUUCGUCAGGGUAACCAUUGAUGAAGAAGGACAGAAGAAGGCAACUGAAGUAUUAUGGGUAGUACUGGCACGCUUUCUAGUCAUUGCUCAACAGUUUCUGACUACGUGGCCUGGUGUUUAUUAUCAGAUUUCUAUACUGCCAAGUUUUAUGUAUUACGAGACUGACGUAUCAGUGGAUGAGCUACCAAUUGAGUUGUUUGAUAUCUUCAGAUCAUCUGCAAGUGGAGUAUCUGUAAUGAAAGUCAGUGUUCAAGACACAGAUUGUGAAGUUGACUUAGACUUGCUCUUCCCUUUACCAGGCGAAUCCAAACUUUCCAUCUUUAAAUGGCUGCAGUGGCUUGCAAGCCUAGACAUUCAGCUAAGUGAGUCAACACCAAGCAUCGAUGAACCCGAGCCAUCACAGUCCGACACGGACUCUCAAACAAGCCUCAGACCGUCCGUGUCCCCCACUGUCCUCUCCCCAUCUCCUACCCGGUCAGACAGUCCUCGGGCGCUGAAAUCACCACCAGUCAAAGUCAAUAAGAAGAAAAUGGAGAUUAAAUGGAAGUUGGAUAAUGGUUGGAGGAAGGUUUCACUCGAAGAGGAGAUGAAAGAAAUUCAGAAGGUGGCAGCUUCCUUUGUGGCAGCCGUUCUUGCCAACUCCAUGGCCCAGUUUAUAACAGAACGCUCUAAAGCGGAUAACUACGGGCCCCCAAUGGAGAGAGAAGCUAAACAGGCUGCAGUGUUAGCCUCAGCUCGAGCCGCUCAGGCAGCCCAGAGCGGUAACCCUGAAGCAGCCGCUAUGGCCGUCGUCGCAGCAUCUCAAGCUAUUGAGAAUGCAAUGCUUAACAAGAAGAGAUCAGGACAUAAGAAUAGUAGUGCUAUGAUUAAGAGUAGAAUGUGCAUCAUCAUGUAAAUCACAUCAUGACCAUACACUGAUGUGUGUUAGCACUGUGUACAUGU